GUCUCCCGGAGCAGGGUGUGGCCAGCCUGUCCCGACAGGGGAGAGCCCACUCCCCACCAGGCCGGCGCGCCGGGUGGGCGGAGGGUGCGGAACGUCCAGAUCACACCCUGCUAGCCAGAGCACGCACGCAGCGGGCUGGGGGGCUCUGCUGCUCGCGGCUGUCAGGGCCCGCAGCCCCUCCCGGCCUCACUUCCUCCGGCAGCCCCUGCCGCCCCGGAGGCUCGGGGAUCCUAGCCUUGCAGCCGGCGGCCGCCGAGACCUGGCCUCACGCUUGCGGGGCCGCAGCCAGACCUACCCAGACCCCCAACGAAUGUCAGAUGCUCCUCUGACAUCUCUCUCCCCACUGAGGUUCGAACUGGACAGCGCAGCCUCCUCCUCUUAGGAUGACCUCCCCCUCCAGCCCUCCCCCUUUCAGGCUUGAGACAUCAGACAGAGGUCAAGAAGAUGGUGCUGAGGUGGACAAAGGAAAGCUGGGCUGUGGGGCUGGGCCACCCCCCAUGGAGUCACCCUUCCAGGGUGAGGACCAGAACGCCUCCCCGCAGAUCAAAGUGAACCUCAGUUACCGUGGUACCAGCCAGCCUGACCCAAACCGCUUUGACCGUGACCGGCUCUUCAGUGUGGUCGCCCAGGGUGUCCCCGAGGAUCUGGCUGGGCUGCCAGAGUACCUGUGCCGGACUAGCAAGUACCUCACCGACUCGGACUACACAGAGGGCUCCACGGGCAAGACGUGCCUGAUGAAGGCUGUGUUGAACCUUCGGGAUGGGGACAAUGCCUGCAUCCUGCCACUGCUGCAGAUUGACCGGGACUCGGGCAAUCCCCAGCCCCUGGUCAACGCCCAGUGCACGGAUGAGUUCUACCGAGGCCACAGUGCCCUGCACAUUGCCAUCGAGAAGAGGAGCCUACAGUGUGUUAGGCUCCUGGUGGAAAAUGGGGCCGACGUGCAUGCCCGAGCCUGUGGCCACUUCUUCCAGAAGAAGAGUCAAGGGACUUGCUUCUACUUCGGUGAGCUGCCCCUCUCUCUGGCUGUGUGCACUAAGCAGUGGGAUGUGGUGACCUACCUCCUGGAGAACCCACACCAGCCUGCCAGCCUUCAGGCCACUGACUCCCUGGGCAACACAGCCCUGCAUGCCUUGGUGAUGAUCGCAGACAACUCGGCUGAGAACAGUGCACUGGUGAUCCCCAUGUAUGAUGGGCUCCUCCAAGCUGGGGCACGCCUCUGCCCCACAGAAAGGUUAGAGGACAUCACCAACCUGCAGGGCCUCACGCCCCUGAAGCUGGCUGCCAAGGAGGGCAAAAUUGAGAUUUUCAGACAUAUCCUGCAGCGAGAGUUCUCAGGACUGUGCCAGCCCCUUUCCCGAAAGUUCACUGAGUGGUGUUAUGGGCCGGUCCGGGUGUCGCUGUAUGACUUGGCCUCUGUGGACAGCUGGGAGGAGAACUCCGUGCUGGAGAUCAUCGCCUUUCAUUGCAGAAGCCCGCACCGACACCGAAUGGUGGUUUUGGAGCCUCUGAACAAACUGCUGCAGGCGAAGUGGGAUCUGCUCAUCCCCAAGUUCUUCUUCAACUUCCUCUGUUAUUUGACCUACAUGUUCAUCUUCACCACUGUUGCCUACCACCAGCCUGCCCUGGAGAAGCAGGCCUUCCUCCCAGUGAAAGUGAUGGCUGGAAACUCCAUCCUGCUGCUGGGCCACAUCCUGAUCCUGCUCGGGGGGCUCUACCUCCUCAUGGGCCAGCUGUGGUACUUCUGGAGGCGACGCCUGUUCAUCUGGCUCUCGUUCCUGGACAGCUACUUUGAAAUCCUCUUCCUGGUCCAGGCCCUGCUCACUGUGCUGUCCCAUGUGCUGUGUUUCCUGGCCAUCGAGUGGUACCUGCCACUGCUUGUGUCCUCACUGGUGCUGGGCUGGUUGAACCUGCUUUACUAUACACGUGGCUUCCAGCACACAGGCAUCUACAGUGUCAUGAUCCAGAAGGUUAUCCUGCGGGACCUGCUCCGCUUCCUUCUGGUCUACUUAGUUUUCCUUUUUGGCUUCGCUGUAGCCCUGGUGAGCCUGAGCCGGGAGGCCCGGGCCCCUGGGGUCCCCACAGGUCCCAAUGUCACGGCAGCGCAGCCCGGGAUGGGGCAGGGGCAAGGGCAGGAGGACGAGGAGGGCAGCUCAGCCCCGUACAGCGGCAUCCUGGACGCCUCGUUGGAGCUCUUCAAGUUCACCAUCGGCAUGGGGGAGCUGGCCUUCCAGGACCAGCUGCGCUUCCGUGGUGUGGUACUCCUACUUCUGCUGGCCUAUGUCAUGCUCACCUACAUCCUGCUGCUCAACAUGCUCAUCGCCCUCAUGAGCGAGACCGUCAACAGUGUCGCCACCGACAGCUGGAGCAUCUGGAAGCUGCAGAAAGCCAUUUCUGUCCUGGAGAUGGAGAAUGGCUACUGGUGGUGGAGGAGGAAGAAGCAGCGGGCUGGUGUGAUGCUGACAGUUGGCACCAGGCCAGACGGUAGCCCUGAUGAACGUUGGUGUUUCCGGGUGGAGGAAGUGAACUGGGCUGCAUGGGAGCAGACACUGCCAACGGUGUGUGAGGACAUGUCAGGGCCACCUGUCCCUGGCACCAUGAAGAAGGCCGCCCUGGCCUCCCAACCAGAGGAGGGCCAUGCCUCCGGGGAAGAUCAUCUCUCCCUCCAGCUCUUGGAGUCCCGCUGAUGGCCCAGAUGCAGCAGCAGGCUCGCAGGACAGUGCCAGGGCAUCUUUCCAUCCCUGCCUCCUGGCUCUGGGUCCUAGGGAACAUUGGUGGCAAAUAUAAAUAAAUAUUUUUUCAAGA